CCUCCUCCACGCCCAGCGUGACCGACUCCUCUGUAGCAGUCACAGGAGGGUGGGCUGUGAACUGGUUAAGAGCCUGUGGAGUAACAGCUCAACUGACAGUACGGGACAUCUUGGACACCGCUUUUCUGUUUUUUGGGGUGGUGUUGUCUGUCAGGUCUUCAGCAAUGAAGUCAUCAAACAGUCGUCCCUCCAGAGUGGCUAGAAACCCGUUUGUCCACGAGCUGAAAUUCACCGUGACAGAGAAAAUAAAGAUUGGACUGAUGUCUGUCACCGUGUUUCCGGUGCGGCUGCUCCUGGUGUCCUUCCUCAUGCUGCUGGCGUGGCCCUUCGCCUUCGCAGCCUCCCUGGGUCGCUCCGAGUUUGUCAUUGAGCCGCAGUCGUGGUGGAGGAGGUUUAUAGACGUGUGUCUACGAGUGAUCAUGCGAGCCAUGUGGUUUUGCGGAGGUUUCCACUGGAUCAAGGUGAAAGGGGAGCGGGCGGCAUCCUCUGAAGUUCCCAUUCUCACCGUGGCACCGCACUCCUCCUACUUCGAUGCCAUCCCGGUCACCAUGACCAUGUGCUCCAUUGUCACCAAACUGGAGAGCAGGAGUAUUCCCGUGUGGGGCACUCUGAUCAGCUACAUCAGACCGGUGUUUGUGUUUCGGUCGGAUCAGGGGUCCAGAAGAAAAACUGUGGAGGAGAUCAAGCGGAGAGCCCGGUCUGGAGGAGAGUGGCCUCAGAUCAUGAUAUUCCCAGAGGGCACAUGCACCAACAGGUCGGGUCUCAUCUUAUUCAAGCCUGGUGCUUUUAUACCAGGACUCCCAGUGCAGCCUGUGGUGCUACGCUACCCAAACACACUGGAUACUGUUACAUGGACGUGGCGAGGCCCUGGAGCGUUCAAGAUCCUGUGGCUCACUCUGUGCCAACCUCAUAAUCCCAUGGAGAUAGAGUAUCUGCCUAUUUACACUCCAUCAAGCGAAGAGAAGGAAAACCCUGCCCUGUUUGCCAACAAUGUCAGAAAGCUCAUGGCCAAGGCGCUGGAGCUUCCACUCACAGACCUGUCCUUUGAAGACCGUGAGAUCUGCCUAUCACAGGGCCCACUGCACAUACACGACUACAGCAGCCUGCUCGAAUUCAACCUGCUGGUGUGUCGCCUGGGGCUGAGAGCAGAAACUACUGAGAAAGUGCUGGAGGAGCAGGCCAGAAGAGCCAGAAAGCUGCAGGGAGACCGACUUGGACUGGAGGACUUUGCACAGUUCCUCAGCCUGCCAGUCACAGACACACUCAGACAAGUCCACACUCUCUUUGACCAGCACGAAGACGGACAGAUAGACAUCAGACACUUUGUUAUUGCUCUGUCUACUGUUCAUCGACCAUCCAAGCCAAUGAAGACCCUCAAACUGGCCUUCAAGAUGUAUGAAAGCGAGGAGGGCGGGGAAGUCCAAGAGGAGGAGCUCGCCGCCAUCUUGGAAGUAAUGUUGGGAGUGAAAGAGGUGGAACUAUCAGGCUUGUUUUUAUCGCUUGACAGACCUGACACAGAAAAGAUCACAUAUGAUAAACUUCAUCACAUCAUAGAGCAGCACCCAUACUUCAUCCAGGAUUACCUUGAUUUUAAAAACCAUCCGCGCAAAUUCUGCGUGGGACGACCCAAGAGCUGCCACGUCCAGAACAACAAAGAUGACUGAAGAUCGGACUUAAAGCCAAAGGCUCGAUUUACCUUCUCUGUCUGAUGUAACAGUAUCUUCACAUGCUGCAACUUGCCCACCACCUCUGUGCCUUUAAUUGCAGGUAGGGAAAGUGGAACAGAGUUCGGUAGUUCGAUAUGGAUUGAUCAGUGUGGCACAGUGGAGUCAGAAUCUCUGCUCCUUCACUUAUCUCAGCUCUCUACUGAUCUUAUUUUGCUGUCCCCAUUAUAUUAAGAAACAUGUUUUUUUUCUGCUCUGCAAAUGAAUUAUUUAUUUUAAAUUUAUUGUCCUAUGUAUAAAGUACAGAUAUUAAAGAAAUUAGUUGAUGAAGUUUAGUUUUUAGCCCCUUUUUGACUUUUUUUGUUGUGGUGAGCAUUGUUGUUAGUCUCAGGCAAAGGGACAUUACCACACUGCCCGGUCAUGCAAAGAAACUUCAUAUCAUGUGAAAAGGUUCAGCAUACACACAAUGCUGUAACAAGCUGAGUAAAAGCACCAAAAAAAGAUCUGCCAUGUAAAUCACAGAAAUCAUUCCUUUACUUCAGGGAGCUGUGUCACUGCCACAGAGAUACAAACCAAAAACAUUUUGGAUAAUUUAUCUAUUCGGAUUAUUGUCUAAAUACCAAUCAAGCCAUCCAACUUUUUUUUAUUAUUUUAUUUAUAUAAUUUAUUUGGUAAUAUGAGAACUUGUUUUGGCAAUUUUGCUAAAAUAUAAUGGCCACAUUGUUACCCAAAAAUAGUUUUUCUGCCCCUUCAAUAAUAAUAACAAUUUUAAAACUGUAUAGUUUUUCUAAGAAAAAUAUUUAUGGAAUGGGAGGAGGAUCGUUAAACAUUGUUAUAGCAACAAAUCCAUCCUUCAAACCUCUGACAGAAAGAUAUUACACAUUUCCUAAGCCUGCACAUUUCUCUUGUUCUAAAUGUUGAUUUCAGAUGGUUUAAGCUGGACUGAUACAUUUUGUAUCUUUGUGACUGCAUGUUCUUGUAAUGUUUCAUUUCUCAGUUAAAUGCAGAAACCAAUAAGCUUCUUUUUCACAAAUAAAAAUGCUAUCAGUU